GGGUAUAUUGCGCUCUAGAAGGAUUAGUUUACAAGAAUAUUUUGUAAGUGGGCCGGUCCGUUCCUAAUCAAUUAUACUAAUCGAAUUAAAAUGGAAAAUAUUGGCACAGGAGGCGGAGAAGGGUAUAAUUGUGAUAUUAGUCUUCUUUCCUCUCAUCCUGCACUACACACACAUAGACAGGACGUGAGCAAAAAUUUUUCUGUGAGUCAUUUGUUGGAGUUGCAGGGGGCGGGGAAUCUAUACCACGCCCACUCAGCCCUUCUUGCAGAGCACCAUCAUAGGGUGGGACCCGAUCUUAAGAUCCCUGAAGAUCCAGGUCCUGAGGAUGAUUAUAAGAAGAAAACUCGGCGGAACAGAACAACCUUUAGUAACGGUCAACUUGCUGCUCUGGAGAAGGUGUUUGAGAGAACUCACUACCCUGAUGCAUUCGUGAGAGAAGAACUUGCUAAACGAACAGGUCUCAGUGAAGCUAGAGUUCAGGUUUGGUUCCAAAACAGGCGCGCCAAAUUCCGGAGAAAUGAGAGAAGCAUGAUAAACGGGAAAUCUACUCAUCUUGAACCAGAUUCUUCAGAACAACCCUUGGUUUCAAAAUCUUCCGGCGGGAGCUCAGUUAGUGUUUCAAGUUCUCCGUAUCCGUCCUAUCCUGCAACCUGGAGACAAAACCCCGGAGUUCCUGGUUCUCUCCACUAUUCUAUUCAUAAUGGAGCUAGGCAUCCACAUACAGUUGGGUUGGAGGGAGGAGGUUUCAUGGAGAGUUUGAGCAGGACGGGUGGAUACAGUAGUAAUUGCUACCCUGAGCAGAAUAGAAUAAAACCUGGUGAUUAUCCAUCCUGGAGAUAUUGAACCAGUCUAGUCAAAUCAAGAAACCAAAGCUUAUAUUCGUUAUUGUAAUUUUAUCAGAUUCAAAUAAUUAUAAAAAUAAAUGCAGCGUUCGCUCU